UAUCUGGUAGGGCUUGCAACGAGUUUCUGAUUGAUUCUCUUGAAUCAUUCAGUCAGUCACUCCACCAGUUUAACAACACAGAGUCGACUGAAAUAAUGUAGGCCUAUUUUCCUUUAAACGAUCACUCAGUUCGCUCAGAAGUUCGCUCAGUUCGUUCCUGAGCGAGAUGUCCGAUUUCAUUUAACACCUGCACCAACCGAAUCCGACUGAAUCCGAAUCGCGUUAAGAUUCGAAACACGAAAUGUCUCACGCGACUCAAUCGAAGCCUGUUUUUUAUAAAGCCAUCCGUCGGAAUUGGUCGAGAGACUUCAGCGAGACAAAUAUGUUUUACUUUAAAAAGACAGAUUGCGUGGAAAACACCGAUUCUGUCCAAACGGAACACCGUGGGGUAUGUAAAAAGACAAGGGAAUGAAUGAAAGUCGCUAUAAUGAAACGUCCCAGGCCUCGCUCGAAGACUUCCCCGUGCUAUAGCACGUUUUAAAGGCAGAUAAUCGUUUACGCGCUUCGCAAAAACGAGAGACGGAAGCGAACGAAACCGCAAUGAUUCGUUGACUCAAAAGAUUCGAUUCUUUCAACGACACCGAUUCGUUCCGAACGAAACACGGCUACUGUAAAAAAAAAAAAAAAGCCCAAAUGAAUGAAUUCGUUUAAAAAGACGCCGUAAAAGCGUCGUUCUCCAGCAUCCUGUGAUUCAGAGCGGAUGCUCGCUUGUCAGUGGGUCAUUGUGAAGUGGAUAAAGGUGGCAUCUGCGCGCGCGCGUACACACACACAAAUACCCCAGCCCUCAUGACAGACACACUCGGUCUCGCUCCCUCAUGCACGCACACACACGCGCGCACACACACACACACACACACACACACAUACACACACAGUCACUGUAAAGGGUUUUAAUUCAGCAUGCCCGCCGCUGGAUGCUCUUAGACCGAGACGCAUCCGCCUCGCCGUCGGGUUUGUCCGCCUCUGAACGGGAUUUCAAUAUUUUAUUCAUAGCUCCUCAUGGCUUCAUCGGACGGAAUAGACAAAUGUCUUCUGCACAGAGGCAGAUCUCAAAGUGACCCGAACAUCCUCAGCGAGUCCGGCAUUGAUCUCUCGCACGGCGCAGAUGUGAUGGAGCAGCAGAAGGUGCUGCGCUCCAGCUGUUUGGUGAGUGGAGUCCACACCCCUCCCAUCCGGCGCCACAGCAAGCUGGCCACGCUGGGCCGUAUUUUCAGGCCGUGGAAAUGGAGGAAAAAGAAAAAUGAGAAGCUGAAGCAGAGCUCUACAGAUGUGGCCUUGGCCUGUGGACUUCACUCUCCAGACCCCAGCUCUCCCAUCCAGGGCAUCUCCGAUGCUGAGAUCCGUCUGCCUGGCUCUCAGGGGCCCAUUCUCAGCAUCAGUAGCAUGGAGUACCUCAGCUCGGAGCAAGACAAUCUCCCUACCAUGGUGGAUUCUGUACAGGACAGCGAGCCAACGGAAGAGCCAAAUUCAAACGAGGACGAGGACGAGGACGAGGAGGCGGUUCCUUCUGUAAAUGAGAACGAAGACCUCGAGGAAGACGAAGAAGACGGAGAGGAAGAUGAGGACGAUGAACUGCAGGAACAGUCUCCUCCGAGCGGCCACUGCAAUCUCGUUUCUCAUCCAAGCUCGGAGGAAGACCCAGGUAAAGUCGCCAUCGCAUCAGUGCCUCAUUCGAACUCUUUUCUCCAAAAAGAACUGCCUAGAGUCUCUGACGGCCCCAGUCCUGUGGUUUUAAGAGGGCCUUUUACUAAUCCCGUGGGGUCGCCGCAUAUAGGUAGCAUACACCCGCCGUUGCCCCCUAGCUGUAUAAUAGAAGAACUGCACCGAGCGCUGGCUACAAAGCUCAGGCAGGACAGCAUCGAACGAGAGCCAAGCGGAGGUGGUGAGAGCAGAAAGGAAGCAGAGGAAAACAAAGAAAAUGUUCGACAGGACCACUGCUUCACCGACGCUUCAGGAAUCAUCUACGACAUCGACAGCUGGAACGAUUCUGUCAUUUCUGGCACAUUGCCAAGGAGGAUGAGGAAGGAGCUGCUGGCCGUGAAGCUUCGGAACCGUCCCAGCAAACAGGAGCUGGAGGACAGGAACAUUUUUCCUGCGCGGAGUGACCAGGAGAGACAGGAGAUCCGUCAGCAGAUUGAAAUGAAGCUCGCCAAGAGACUCAGUCAGCGGCCGGCCGUUGAAGAGCUGGAGAGCAGAAACAUUCUGAAACAGAGGAACGAUCAGACGGAGCAGGAGGAAAGAAGAGAGAUCAAACAGAGACUCAACAGAAAGCUCAACCAGAGGCCGACAGUCGAUGAGCUAAGAGAGAGAAAGAUUCUGAUCCGCUUCAGUGACUACGUGGAGGUGGCCAAAGCCCAGGACUACGACAGGAGAGCCGACAAACCCUGGACAAGACUGUCCGCGGCUGACAAGGCGGCCAUCCGUAAAGAGCUGAACGAGUUCAAAAGCACCGAGAUGGAGGUCCACGCUUCGAGCAAACACCUAACGAGGUUUCACAGGCCCUAAGAGGGGGUUUUCUUCUGUGAAGAAAAUGCUGAGAGCGGCGUUCGUUGAAAUCCUGGAGGAGCCUCUUCCAGAGCCAUGGCUUCGACCAUGGGAUUCCCUUAUUCUUCCAGCGCCCGGGGCCGAGAGGUGCGUGGGAAGGGUUAGCGCUGGGGGCUGCGUCUCCACCGCGGGCGGCCACAGGAGAAACCUGAAGAACAUCUGCGGACACAUUUAACCUGGGGCUGACAGAGUGGAGCGGCGGAGGACUUUUGAUGUUUUUAUAACCGGACUGCAUUUCAGUGACCGCUAAGAAAAGACGAAUCAGUUUCGGGGUAAAUGUUUGUGUACAUGUAACCAGCUCCACUCUGAAAAAAAAAAAAAGUAAAAAAAAAAAAAAAAACAAGAUAAAAAGAAAAAAAAUACAAAAUACUUGAGGGUUAAUAAGCCUGCUAUAAAUGAAUUUCAUAUUUACUGUACAAAAGUCAGUUUGAACAGGGUUGUUCAUGUCAUCACUUGAAAAAAAAACAAACAAACAAAAAAAAAAACUUUGUAAGCACUACUUGUCUUCAAAAUACAAUUUUGGAAAUA